AUGGCUGACUACACUACCUUCUUAACUAAAGAAGACUUCUCGGGUUACGAGGACCCAGAAAGAUACCAAAAGGAAUGGUUACCAAAAGUGGAGGCGUAUAGAAAGGCUCUUGCCAAGGCCAUUGAUCCAGCUUAUACUGUUACGGUGCCAAAGGACAUUGAUACCUUAGUUGAGGAACAGUUCAAUGCAGUCGACUACUUGUACAAGAAGAAGUUGUUGACGCCAGAGGAGUUUGCCAUCACUGAUUCUUCUGCUACUUCAUUGGCAGCUAAGUUGUCAUCUGGUGAAUUAAAGGCGGUUGAAGUUUUUAAGGCUUUUGCAAAGAGAGCUGUUAUUGCUCAUCAAUUUCUUAAUUGUGCUAUGGAAUUGUUCACCGAUGAAGGCUUGGAAAGAGCUAAAUUCUUAGACGAAUACUAUGCUAAAAAUGGUAAAACUAUUGGACCUUUACACGGCAUUCCGAUUUCUUUGAAGGAACAAAUGGCUUUCAGAGGAAAGAUCACUCAUGGUGGUUAUGUCUCCAAAAUUACCAAUGUUACCCCUGAACACGGGAUCACCACUCAAAUUUUGGAAGACUUGGGUGCUGUUUUCUAUAUUCGUACUUCUCAACCUCAAACCUUGAUGCAUUUGGAUUCUAAUAACAACUUUACUGGUUUGACUAGAAAUCCUUAUAACAUGAAGUUAUCCAGUGGUGGUUCUUCUUCCGGUGAAGGUGCUGUUGUUGCAUUCGGUGGUUCUGCAAUUGGUAUUGGUUCUGAUAUUGGUGGAUCUAUUAGAGCUCCAUCUGCUUAUUCUGGUGGUGUAGGUUUGAGACCUUCUACCAAGAGAUUUUCUCUUUAUGCCGGUGUUUCCAGUGGUGCUGGUCAAGAAUCUGUACCUGCUGUCUCUGGUCCAAUGACUAGAUCUGUUGAAGAUGUGGAUUUCUUAAUGAAUCACUACUUGAACGAAGGUAAGCCAUGGGUUAGAGAUGCAUACUGCUUGAAAAUGCCAUGGAGAAAAGUUGAAAAGCCACAACCAAAAGAUUUCACUGUUGCUGUCAUGUGGGAUGAUGAAAUUGUUCAUCCAACUCCUCCAAUCACCAGGGGUUUGAAAUUUGUUGUUGAAAAAUUGAAGGCUGCAGGUGUCAAGGUUGUUGACUUUGCUCCUAUCAGAACACAAGAAGCUUUCGAUACUGUUAACAAGAUGUACAAUUGCGAUGGUAACUAUAAGCAAAAGGAAUUACUCAGUGGUUCUGGUGAACCUUUGACUAAGUUGACCAAAUGGGCAUUAAACUAUGGUGAUGGUUCUAAAGAAUACACAGUUAAAGAAAACCGUAAAUUGAACGUCAUUAGAGAUCAAUUAAGAUAUGAUUACAACAAAUUUAUGGUGGAUAACAACAUUGACUUUCUCCUCACUCCCACUUACUCAAAUGUUGCUCCUGUUAGUGAAAACGUCUACGGCUGGUCUUACACUGCCUUGUUUAAUAUCUUGGACUUCCCAGCUUUAGUUUUCCAAACUGGUUUGUUCCAGGAUCCUGAGGUAGAUAAGUGGAACGAAUCUUUCAAGGACUUCAAGUAUAGAUCAGAGUUAGAAAGAUUGGAAUUGGAACAAUACGAACCUGAAACAUUCAGCGGUGCUCCCAUUGGUUUGCAAUUGGUUGGUAAGAGAUAUGAAGAUGAAGAAGUUGUUGCUGCUGGUAAGACAAUUGUGGAUAUCAUUGGUGCUGAUCUUUUCAAGCAUUAG